AUGAACUUAUGGUGUUUGAGCUAUGUCGAAACCAGUGAGAGUAUUCGAUAUUUAGUUGGAAUCACUGGCAGAGCGGGUUCAGGGAAGACGACUGUUGCGGAUAGAUUGACAAGAAGAAUAAAUGAAGAAGUGGUUCGCUGUAAUGGAUCUACGGGCUCUUCGGCUAAGGCUAUAAGUCUGGAUGGUUGUCGGGCGAUACUAGACGGGUUUGAGGAUCCGAUUGAAGCUCAUCGGCGAAGAGGGUCCCCUGAAACUUUCGACGCCAAAGGUUAUGCAGCCUUCGUAGCCCAGCUCGUCCAACCCACUAACACGGCACUUGAAGCGCCGUCCUUCUCGCACACGCUUAAAGAUCCCGUCGAGGGUGGGAUAGUGAUCCAACCUGAUGAACAAAUCAUCUUGCUUGAAGGACUCUACGCACUGUUCAACGAGUCGCCAGAUUGGGCGGAAGCCUGUAAAAAGUUGGAUUUUAAAGUCCUGAUCGAAGUUUCGAAUUCAGUAAGUGGUGAAAGACUCGUUCAACGGCAUAUGAGGUCAGGAAUUUGUGAUGAUCCAGCGGAAGCUCGUCAACGGGUCGAGACCAACGAUGCACCUAACAGCGACCGACUAAUGAGACACAUGAUCACGCCGGACUGGGUACUCGAGAGUAUCGACGAUUCUUCGAUGGAAUCCGAGGUUCCUUGA